UCGAGUGUACAUCCUCAGUUACAAAAGAUUAAAGAAGUGUUUCAAAGUGAAAAAUAAGUCAAUGAUCUCAGUUUGUUGUGUGUUUGUGUUUGUGUGUUUCAUUAAUUUAAAACAAUUUGCUUGGGUCCGCCAGAAGUGCGCAAUGGACCUAAGCUCACCAGUGUGUCCAUUCGCGCCUCGCCGUGUGUGCGAUUGUCGCAUCUUUUGCUUGCUUCGUCCUCCGCUUUGUGCCGUGUUACACUCCGAACGCAAAACGAUCAGCGACGAUCCUAUUGGCCGUUUUUUUAGAGAUACCACUCGCUUACCCGCCUCUACGCGUUGACGAAGGCGUCCACAUAUAGAAUGGAUUCUGCAGCGAAAAAAACACAUAAACACGAUGAAGAAGCUAUCACCCGCUGCAUGCAGUUGGUCCUCUUUAAGAAAAAGUCACUGUACGCAGCAUGCAAAGCUUAUGCCAUUCCUCAGUCUACCGUUCUUUACCGACUUAGUGGCAAGUGGACCAGAAAAGCCCGGAAAGGGCCACCUACUGUUCUAACAGGAGACGAAGAACAGAAACUCGUGCAAUAUUUGAAAACGAUGGAGAAGAAAGGAUUUCCGGUAGUUAAGGAAUUACUUCUGCAUAAAGUGAAGACAUUCUUGGGAACGAAUUCUCGACCCAAUCCGUUCACGAACAAUGUCCCAGGUUGGUGCAAAGAGAACGGGAUGCGUGUGAACAUUUACAAAUGCAAGGUGAUCACUUUCAGUCGCUGUCAUAAUACGAUUAGUCAUCAGUACAACAUCGACACAACUCCACAGGACCGUGUACAUUCUAUCCAUGACUUGGGUGUCAUUAUGGAUUCCAAGCUCCGCUUCAACCAACACAUCUCCGCCAUUACCGCUAAAGCUUUUUCGAUCCUCGGAUUCAUUCGCCGCAAUGCUUCACAAUUUACUAAGUGCUUAAGGCACUAUACUGUGCUUUAGUACGCAGUGUUCUGGAUUACGCUGCUCCUCGUCACCUACCGUGGAAUGACCCUGUACAUCUGCCCGACUACCCGCACGAUGUCGUUUGAUUGACCUGAAAUUGCUCUCAACAAGACGAUUAAAACUUCAACCAUUGUUUGUUUUCUACGUCCUAACGAACAAUAUUGACUGCUCAGACCUUCUCCUGCUAAUUCAAAUAAAUGUUCCUCAGCGCAAGUUGCGAUACUGGACAAUGAUCUACAUACCUGGGCACAGGACAAGCUAUUGUUACAACAAUCCGCUCAGCUCCUGCCUAAGAGGAUUCAAUGACGUCUGCCAUUUAUUUGAUUUUAACUUGACCAAAAAUAGAUUUAAAAAUAGAAUCAAAAAUAAAGCAUAAGACAAACCAAGUCUGUACGAUGUGACCGAAGACGAUAUACAAAUAAACAAAUUCUUCGAGUAGUUAAGUUAUAUUUUUUUGCGUUUGUACGGAUGCAUAGAUGAUUUUACAAUCGAUGGCUGCAAAAACUAAGGAAAUCCAUUCCAUUGAAUAUGUAUUUCCCCUUUGCCAUUUUAAGAUUCUUAUUUUACACCUCUAUGUAGCCGAACUUUGUAGAGACGUAGUUCUACGUCAAAUGUGAUUGAUAAUAAAAUGGACCAUUUUACGAGACGUUUCUGAACUCAAUUCAUGAAAGAAAUUUUGACAGAAAGCUCGGAACUGCUGACAUAACGCAAGUAAAAGCAACAUCAAUGUCAGCAGGAUCCGUGAAACUUGUCAGGUCGUAAAACUAAGUCUAAACCUCGCCGCUUCCCUCUUCAAAGGCCUGAAGGCUUCCUCCACGGCGUUAUGGUCGAUACCGAUGAUAUCAAUGUCGUCCGCAGAACCAAGGAGCAUGUGAGAUUUCAUGAUGAACGUACGGUUUCUUUGCACUUUUGCUCUUCGUACUGCACCUUCCUGCAUUACAUUGAAAAGUACGUUGGAGAGCUCGUCCCCCUGCUCCAGUCCAUCUAACGUUACCAACAAGUCUGAUGUCCCAUCAACUAUCCGCACUCAGCUUAAUUGCUUUCGUCGGUAACCGUGCUCCAGUACAAUCUGCCACAGCUCGUUUCUUUUUAUUGAGUCGUAUGUCACCCUAAAAUCUACAAACAGAUGGUGAGUGUGCGAGUUAAACUCCCGGAGCUUAUCAAGAAUCUGUCGCAGGGUGAAAAUUUAAUCCAUCAUGGAACGACCCUGCCGAAAACCAGCCUAGUAUUCGCCGAUGAAGGAAUCCUUUAACAAUCUUAAUUUGAAGAACAGGGUACGGGAGAGCCUCGAUAGUUGCAACAGCCUAGUCGAUGGCCCUUCUUGUAGAUUGGGCAUAUGAGGUCUUCCAACCAGUCAGUCGUUCGGCAUUGAUGUACAAAUGCACUCAGUAUGAUCUGGUAAAUUACGAAGUACAGCCACUCGCUUCCCGCUUUUAAAAGUUCGUCAGGGACCUUCUUCUAUGUUGGUGGCUUCAUAGCGUGUUCAUCGCUCGUAAUCCUCAUCAUUUUACUCAUCUUGCUCCUCACUGUUCAAUAGCGCCUGCAAGUGCCCCUUCCACCUGGUUGCAACUGUAAAUUUAUCUGUAAGCCGUCCUUGACGUUACACAUCACUGGCACUUGCUCCUCGUGCUUGCGCUGUUUUCGACGGUGAACUUCACUUUCGGUAGCUUCUGCCUCCCUGUAUUUUUCUGUUCUUAUUCGUAGCCGCAGGGAUCAUGAGGCUUCUUGCUCAGUUCUUCACGUCCGUCGCUCUCUGGCGCUCAGCACCACGCUUACGUACCCACCACCUCACUCGCAGUCGUUUCAAUGUUUUCCAGUCGCUCCUCCUGCUGUUGAUUCAGCUCUUUAGCUUUUUUCUGCCCUCCAUCAGCUUUCAACCGCUGCAUGUUGAAACGUCCUCUUUGUGCGAGAUUUCAGCACGUUCGACAACCGUGCGCAGAUUUUACAAAC